UGUCAGAAUGCUCAAAACAAAUAAAUAAUUGAAUUUAUUUUAUUGAUUAUGUAUCUUUUAAAUAAUUGUUACACUAAAAAAAUUAUAAUUUGAUAGAUUUUCCCCUUUAUACAGUGGUAACGGGGAAUUUUAUGCAAGUUUCCUAUAUUUAUGCGUGCCUAUAAAAAUCGACGUAUAUUAUAUUAUUUUAUGUGAAUAUUACAUACAAAUCGUUUAAACCCGGUAUUAUAUUCGGAACUACGCUGCUGCACACAAAACAUCAAACAGAAGUUACGAGAUAUUCAAAUUUGUAAAUUCCACAAUGGACGAUCCAGCUUUGACUCGGGUAUGUCGCAUGUGCCUUGACAUCGACGUAAAGAUGUACGACCUGACUGGGCACAAAUUGCAUCAAAUAUUCAACGAGGUGACGGGGAUACCGAUAUCUGCUUCCGACAAGCUGCCUCAAAAGCUAUGCUGGGAGUGCACGCAACGCCUGGUGUCCGCGCACAGCUUGCGGCGCAAGGCUCUUAGAGCACACAGCCUUCUGCUGGACAUGCUGAAUUCUGACAAAUUUGUUCCGCAUUUUCAGAUAACCGUACGCCACGUGAAAUCAAUAGACAGAUGCAACCAUCGUCUAGAAUCCAAUUUAUCUAGCCAUUUUUUACACGCAGACACACCUAACUCUACCACGUCAUAUAAUAACAAUAAUACACCAAACGCAGAACCGAAAGUCGACCAUUUCGACCAAAAAGUCGAAAAUGACGACUUUGAUACUAACAAUGAUGGCUACGAAGAUAACGAGGAAGAGAAGACAGAAGAAACUGUUGAAGUUAAAGUUGAAAGUAACGAGAUUUUUUUUGAGGAAUGCGGUUUCGUCAGUGAAGACGAUAAGACAUUGAGUGAAGUGUGCAAAGUCAAGAGUAAAGUUAAAAACAAAGUUAAAGUUAAAAAGAAAGUCAAAGUGAAAGAGUAUUUGGAAAAGAUAAAGCAAAUGGAGGGAAAAGAUGAAAAGGAAAAGGUUAAGAUAGAAGAUAGAACAGAAGAUAGCGCUACGGCGACGGUUGAUAAAUUCAAAACCUCCGACGUGAAACGCCGUCGCACAAACGAGAACAUAGACGAGAAUCUAUUCACAAUCACCACUCUGACGUACGAAGAACAAAUCGAACAGAUAAACAAACGCAGCCAGUCGGAGCUGUAUCUGGGCGCGACGUAUAAGUGUGAGGUGUGCUUCAGGGGCUUCCACGUGCGGGCGCGGUACGACGCGCACGCCGUGCGGCACAGUGCGGAAUCCGGUGCAUUCGAAUGCUUCAUUUGCAAGACUAGGCUGAAAACCGGGCGCGCCCUGCGCAAGCACAUCACAUCGCAACACACGGAGCAAUUCAGUUGUAGGGGAUGUCCGUUUGUCACGAGAAAUAGAGGUGUUGCAAGGGAGCAUGAAAAAUGGCACGCAGGAACCAAAUAUCAGUGUCCACACUGUCCCAGUCAGUUUGACAAAGUGACAACCUACCUGGGCCACGUGAGGAUCAAACAUGUAUCCGAUUUCGUGUGCGAACUCUGCGGCUAUACAUUCCUUAGCAGGAAGGGUAUAGACGUUCACAAGAAGAAGAAACACCGAUUGGCCGCUGAUACGCUACAAGCAACUCUACAAGGGCCAUACUGUGAAAUAUGCGACGUGAAGUUCGUGUCAGAGGAGGCUCAUUCGAGACACUUGAAGUUGUCGUCGAAACACAGCAGCGAUAGCGAUCCGAAUCGAAUCCGCAACGAUUCGCAAAGCAUGAGUUCGCUAGAAAAGGGCGUGGCCGUUAGACGCGGUGAUCGACGGAUGAUGAUGCAUCGACAGGAUGAUGAUAACCCCGCUGAGGUGAUCACUUGUGAACAGUGUGGUGUGCAAUUAAACGGUUUGCGUCUAUACGCCCAGCACUUCCGCAGAGUGCACCCGGACAAGAAUCGAACCAAGUACCCGGCCAUGAAAACACCGGCCAUGUGCGAACAGUGCGGACGUAUAUUUCAGAGCAAAGCGCUGCUAAAAGAUCACAUGUGGGUGCACACAGGCGAGAAACGUUUCAAGUGCGACCGCUGUGACAAGAGUUUUACGCAAAAAACUAACCUCGUGUUUCACAUGCGUGUACAUAGCGCUACGAGACCGUCUUACGAGUGUCCAGUUUGCGGGAAACACUUUGCGUUCUAUAAUAACCGGCGAAGGCACAUGUUUAUCCACACCGGUCUCAAGCCGUUCAAAUGCGAUACAUGCGGCAAAGCGUUCACAACGUCCGGCGAACUGCGUGCGCAUGUUGAACAUGUUCACUUGAAGAAACCGUGGCCGAAACGGUCGAGACGUGCUAACGAGGACGCCUGGCGUUGCUUGCAGAGUGUCGAGGAUUAGUGGGGGGUAAAGUUAUGGAGAAUCUGGAUGAAGAAAUGCAUUUUAAUACAAAACAUUCGUA